AUGAAAGGCACCCAACAGUUGCUUAGAAGAGACAAGGGUGUUGGACAGAAACUCAGUGUCAAUGUACGGCUGGAAGGAAGUUCAAUACUUAAAUACACACAGACAAUCAAGCCCCUGCUGGCCGAACUGUGGGCCGGAGGUACUCAGGGGAAGGACAAGUCAGGAUCAUAUGACCCACUUGUACAACUUGGUGAUCUGAUGCUUCGGAGUGGCAUCAUGGACAAGAGGCUGGAGAUUCCUUUGAUGUUUCUUGCUUCACUGGUUAUCAGUGUGUUUGGCCAGACAAUCCGACUGGUGUCCCCACUGGACAACGGAGUUGGGAGACUUGAGGUGUACUAUAACGGCAUGUGGGGCACUGUGUGUGACGAUGGCUUUGGUGUAGAGGAAGCUAAAGUGGCCUGCAGACAACUAGGACGAUCUAAAAGCGGAGUUACACCAAGGGCGAUUCAAAGUUUCGGAUUUGGAGUCGGGAGGAUUUGGUUGGAUGACGUUAGUUGCUCCGGUACCGAAUCAUCUUUGGCCAGCUGUUCACACAAUCCAUGGGGCGCCAACGGUUGUAGUCACAGUGAAGAUGUUGGCAUCAUAUGUGAUCCAAGUGACAUAACGAUGAAGCUGACACCAAGCUACAAAAGAGGACUCCUGCAGGUAUUCCACUCCGGUAGCUGGGGAACCGUGUGUGAUGAUGGCUUUGGACCAGUAGAAGCUGCUGUUGUGUGCAGGGCUCUGGGGUACGGGCUUGGAAACGUAAUCGAUGUAAGCAGUUCCAAUAAAAUGUGGCUAGAUGACGUCCAGUGCACGAUGUUGGACACAGAUCUAAAGGACUGCAAGCACAGACCAUGGGGGACGCAUAAUUGUGGCGCAUCUGAUGCUGUUGGUGUCGAGUGUUUUUCAUUUCCUGAAGCUAUCCACCUGGAGCCACCAGGAAGUGUCCUCAAUGUCACCCUUGGUCAGGUGAUCAGUGUGGUGUGUGUCGGCGAUGACUUCAACUAUCCGGCCACUUCGUUCAGGUGGACACACAGUGGACGUUCUUACAGUGGACAAACUUUCAGUGAAAGAAUAACGUCCAAGAACGAUUCAGGCACAUUGAGAUGCCAGGUUGUGAAUGCGAUGGCCUGCACUGAAAUAAGCGUGUGGUACCCGCCAGAGGUACAUCUGGAACCGAGCAAUGACACCAUCAAUGUUGCUGUCGGUGAAGACCUCCGGGUUCAGUGUGUCGUGGAUGAUGCCAACCCUAGUGUCCACACAUUCAGGUGGUCACACAACGGACGAACAAGUGCUGGGUCGACCUUCCUCAAACGUAACGUAACCAAGUCUGACCAAGGGCAACUGACCUGUUCUGCUGACAACGGACACAUGAUGACGCCUGGACGGGCAGAUACAACUGUUAAUGUCAGAUAUCCACCAAAACUACACCUCGAGCCGAACCAACCGGUCAUCAAUGUCAAACAGGGUGGCGAUGUCACUGUUGUUUGUGUCGUUGACGACGCCAAUCCCUCCGCUACCUCCUACAUGUGGUUACAUAACAACAACAUUAGCCAUGGUCAACUGUUCACAAAGGGUGAUCUAUCAACGUCUGAUGCCGGGAACCUCUCCUGCUCUGCUACAAAUGGACAGGGGACAUCACUCGAGGAGAGUACAUGCUGCAAAACGUAA